GACAUCGACCGUUGUAUGAUUGCUUGAAUAAUAAAAAACCAAAACCUCCAUGGUCAACCAGCUAAGUUGACCAUGGAAGAUGACAGUUAUUUUAUUUGACAAUGAUAACUCACCUGUCAUCAAUGGCCGGCAGCCGGCUUCUUCUCUUCAAUUUUGUCAGUUUAUUCAUCAAUCAAGUGUGCUGAUUCUGAUUGCGGAUGUUGCUGAUUCGUCACUGCAUAGAGACUAAACGCUAAAGAUGCUGAGUAUAUAAUCAUGGAUGGAAACUCUAGUUUUCAAAUGGAACCAGAGGAUAUAGUCAGAUCCUUAACCACAAUUAUUGGAACGUUCGUUCAAGAUCAGUUGCUUGAUCAAAGAAAAAGGGACAAACAGAAGGAACAGUGUGGCGAAAGAUUAGCAGCAGAAGACGAAAGCAAUAACAAAGAGACCGAGGUUAGGUACUCCGAUCAAGCCGUUCUGGCAAAUUUGGAUUGGGGUAUGGAUGCCCUAGAGGAAGCCAUUAAUACGUCUAAUAUCGAAACUAAAAUGGCAAGACUCGAUUAUGCAGAAAAGAUGUUGCAAGUAUGCGCUAUGUUGGAUACCAGCGAUCGAACCGCAGGGGUUCCGAAUUUCUACCUCUCCGCUUGGGCCCACCUUAAUCUUUCGUGUUUAUGGAUGUUAAGAAACAAUGUAACAAACGCUGUUCUUCAUGUUCUCGAGAUGUUUUCCGUCGAUCCGUUUUUUUCACGGAUUGAUUUUGCUCCGGAACUUUGGAAAACGCUAUUCCUCCCGAAUAUGAGCUCUAUUGUCGGCUGGUACUCGGAGGAAAGGCAUCGGGUUAUGAUGGACUUGAUACCAGAUUCAACCGAUCUGUCGUUCACGGUUGACUUUGACCUUUAUUUCAACGAGUCUUUGGUGUUUUCUAUGAGACCGGAUCAGGCGGAAAAGAUACAAAACUUGGAAAAACUUUACGGGCAAUCUUUGGAUGAUAACACACGACUCUAUGCUAAUUACUUUAAAGAUUGCAUGAAUUACGGUUCUUCAACGAGCAAGAAGGCUAUUCCGAUGUUACCCAUUGCGGAGCCACCUAUGACUCCGUUACAUGAGGUGAGCCGGAAGAUUCCAGAUUAUGUGAAAUUUGGUCCCAUUUUGCCAAAAAGCGCAGGGUUCUCUCCGGUUCUUAAAGAUAGAAAGAAUGCAAGAGAAUCAUCCAGUUUGAAUGCAGCUAACACCUCCUUCGAGAACGUUGAGGAUGCUACUGCAUGGGAUAAUCAAGAGGGAAUCACGGAGGAAACCGAAGACUCGCCAAAAGUUGCAUCUCCUGAACAAGAAGGGAAUGGUAAGAAAGAGGCACGGUCCGUCUUGCGGUUACAGUCGACACGCGAUAUAUAUUUUAAAGGUGCCACGUCACCGGAGGUGCAUCGUGAUUCGAGUAUCGGUUCAGCUGACUCGGAUGAUGAAAUAAAAGAGCAGCCAAAAAGUGUAAGGAAGAACUUUGCUCAGGCUGACGAACGAAGUUCUAGUUUUGCAGAUGUAAAUAACGGAGCAGUGAGUUUUUCUAGAGAAAAUGAUACCAGGAGCCCAAACUUUGGUUCUCCGCAACAGUUUGAUCGGUCAGCACAAUCAAGACCACCUAAAGAUUUCGUCUGCCCCAUCACUACCCAGAUUUUUACCGACCCGGUAACUCUAGAAACGGGUCAAACUUACGAACGAAAAGCCAUUGAAGAAUGGAUGAGAAGAGGGAACACAACAUGUCCCAUCACAAGACAACCUCUUUUUUCCAACAUCCUUCCGAAAACAAACUACGUUUUAAAACGACUCAUAACUUCUUGGAGAGAACAGCAUCCCGAUCUCGCGCAUGAGUCGUCAUAUCCCGGAACACCGACAAGUUCGAAAACAUCAAACGUUUCUCAGCCAAGAAGAUUCGUGCAAGCGACCGUUGCAACGUCACCGACGAGUGUGAUAUCUCAAGCUGCGGUUGAAGCGAUUAUAAGCGGUUUAAAACCGUUAGUUACAUGUUUAUGUACUUCAGAAGAUUUAAACGAAUGUGAAGCAGCUGUUUUAACAAUCGCCAAAAUGUGGAAAGAAUCAAACGCUGAUCCUAUGGUCCACGCGUGUUUAUCGACCGCAGAAGCAGUAAACGGAUUCAUGGAUGUAUUAUCUUCUUCUCUAAGCAGGGAAGCUCUCGCAACAACGGUUUAUAUACUUUCGGAACUACUCGUCGCUGAUGAUAACUUCAAAGAGCUAUUAACAAGUGUAGAUUCUGAUUUCGAAACGUUAGCCGCUUUACUCGAAAAUGGUCUUUUCGAGGCUGCGGUUUUGAUAUACUUACUGAAACCGACUUUCUCACAGAUAAAUUCACACAAAUUAUUACCGUGUUUGAUUCAAAUCAUUUCUAGUAAGUUUCAAGACUCGAAGGAUCACGAGAUGGUGAUGAGUUCGAAGGAUGCUGCUAUAGAGUUGUUAGACCAGAUGUUAAACGAUGGAGAUGAGAAUAGCCGGUCUUUUAUCGCGUUGAGCGUUAUAUCAGCUGACGCGAUACCGGAUCUACUCGGGUGUUUGAAUAAGUUGGAUGUACGGCAGUCUGUUCUGUCGAUUUUACUGUGUUGUAUCCAAACGGAUAGAAGUUGCAGGAACUUGAUAGCUAGCAGUAUCGAUCCGUGCCUCGUUCUUGAAUUGUUUCAUGGUGGAAAUGAGAAUAUAAGAGGCAUGUGCAUUGAUUUUCUCUCUGAGUUGGUUCAAUUAAACAGGAGAACAUUGAGCAAUCAGAUAUUACAAAUAAUAAAAGAUGAAGGAGCAUUUAGCACAAUGCACACUCUUCUUGUCUAUUUACAGAAUGCACCAAUGGAGCAACAGCCUGCUGUUGCUUCACUUCUUCUUCAGCUUGAUAUACUGGUUGAGCCUCGGAAAAUGAGUAUUUACCGAGAGGAAGCAAUCGAUACGCUAACUGACAUGCUCCAGAAAAAAGAUUUCCCAAAUUUACAACUUAUGGCUCUUGAUGCGUUAUCGUCUCUUUCGGGGAAAUCUUAUACUGAAGCGUGGUUACUUAAUCUGGCUGGGUUUAAUAAACCGUAUGAAGCUUUUAUGGAAAACGAAAAAAUGAAAAUGGAUCAAGAGGAGGAGAAAGCUGCAUAUUCUUGGGAAAAAAGGGUAGCUUUUGUACUUUGCAACCAUGAAAAAGGCGUUAUUUUUGAAGCAUUAGAACAAUGUCUCAAGAGUAAAUCAAUAAAUAUAGCAAAAAAGUGUCUUGUUAUCGCCACAUGGCUAGUAUACAUGCUUUAUAAUCUGCCAGACACUGGCGUAAGAGAUACUGCACGUAGGUCAUUGCUAAACCAAUACAUACACAUACUACAAUCGUCUAAGAACCUCGAAGACAAGAUUUUAGCAACCGUUGCUUUGAGAAGUUUCAUUAGUGAUCCAGGUGCACUUGGUGACAUUGGUGGCUAUGCUAAAACGAUGUACAAAACCUUAAGAAAACUCAAGAAAAACUCUGUGAUUGUCGGUGAUAUAAUGAAAACGUUGAUGAACUUGCCAUCCGUUAAUGCGGCAGAAAUGUGGUCGGCUUCAGAAGGAUUCGAGUCGGAUUCAUCAAUGAAUGGAGAAGUUUUAUCGUUGAUUCAUGUAAAAAGUCGUGUGAUAAGCAGCCAUUCUGAUGGAACGAUUAAGGUAUGGGAUGCUAAUAAAAGGGAUUUGCGGUUAAUUCAAGAGGUCCGUGAGCAUUCAAAGGCUGUCACAUGCCUCUAUAUUCCACCUUCACGUGAUAAACUUUAUAGUGGUUCGUUGGAUAAAACUAUACGGGUAUGGGUAGUCAAACCAGAAGGAAUUCAUUGCAUUCAAGUUCACGAUGUUAAAGAAUCGGUCCAUGGCUUAACAGCAGACGCGAAUUUCGCUUAUUUUUUCUCUCAAGGUGCCGGAGUUAAGGUUUUCGGGUGGUCCGGUGUUACGAAGCAUAUCAAUUUCAAACAAUCGGUCAAAUGUAUUGAUAUGAUUGGAGAUAAACUGUACUGUGGAUGCAGUGGUUUCAGUAUACUGGAAACCAAUUUGCCAAAAACAUCAACGACUACGUUUUACUCAGGGACACGGAAAUUGUUGGGAAAACAGUCGAUUAAUUCCAUAUGCAUCCAUGAUGACCUUCUGUAUACCGGUGGGACAUCAGUAGAUGGAACAGCAGGAAAGGUAUUCUCUAUAACGAGCAGGGUGUUAGUGGGAUCGUUGUCGAUUGCAUUCGACAUCCAUAGUUUGGCUGUGAAUAAUGAUUUUAUAUUUGGAGCAACAAAAAAUGGGACAAUUGAGGUGUGGUUAAAAGAAAGGUUGACCAGAGUUGUUUCCAUGAAGAUGAGAUCAGGGAUCACCAAAAUUACAUCUUUGGCAUCAGAUGCUGAAGGAGAAAUGUUAUUUGCUGGUUCUUCUGAUGGAAAAAUUCAGGCUUGGGAGUUAAAUUGAAGUGAAACACAGCAAUUACUUUUUUUGGAUCAUCAAUCCUAUGGUAAAAAAAACAUUACAUUCUUGUCAAAACCUCUGAUUUCCGUUGUAACAUUACAAUCACUUUUUUCUUCUUUUUUUUUUUUCUGAUAUGCUGAGUUUGGGUUGUUUUUUACACUAA